AUGGAGAUCUACACUCGUCACAAAGCAGAACAGAAAGCAAUCAAGCAGAAGAAAAAUCUCUGGUACCCAUUCAAAGAUGCAAAGGAAUGGGAGCUGGCGAAAUGGCUUCUGGCAUCCAGCUUGAGCCAGAAGAAAAUUGAUAGGUUCCUGAAGCUUGAGACUAUGAGUCUAAAUCGUCAUCAUCAACAUUUAUCUUUCAAGAACAAGGGAGGGUUUUUCAAGCUAGUUGACAAGCUUUCCCGGGGACCACGGUGGAAGUGUGAGAUGUUUGCAGCAGACGGAGAUGUUGUCGAUGAGAGAACGGGCAAGAGAAAGGUGCAAACCUUUGAGUUAUGGAAGUGGGAUCCUGUGGAGUGUAUCAAGGAGCUAAUUGGGAACCCUGCAUUCAAAGAGCACAUACAAUACGCACCGGAGCACACAUUCAAAGAUCAUGAAGGCUUGAAGCCUAUUGUUGAUGAGAUGUGGACUGCGAAGCAGUGGGUAAGGAUUUAG